AUGGCCGCACACUUGAAAGGAAAACAUACGGAUUCUAUUGGCAAUCCCGACAAGACAUUUCUCGACCGAACGAAAACUACUACGAAAGAGACUAGUCACAUCAAUCGCGAACAAAAAUACAGUAAUGAAGAGCUUGCUGCUCUUGACCAAGGAUGGGGCGAUAUUCUCAAGAGCUUUAACCGGCAAUUCCGGGGCGUCAAUGUCGUCGUGUCCACACACUACAAUCAACGUACUAUCUAA